AUGUCUCUCGGCAGGAAAGUUACCCUCAACACCGGCGCUACCAUCCCUCAGCUUGGGUUUGGUACCUGGCAGUCUGAGCCCGGUCAGGUCGGUGAAGCCGUCUAUGAGGCCCUCAAGGCCGGAUACCGUCAUCUGGAUUUGGCUACUAUCUACCAGAACCAGAAGGAGGUCGCUGUCGGCAUCCAGAGAGCCUUCAAGGAUAUCCCUGGUCUCAAGCGUGAGGACCUUUUCAUCACCUCUAAGCUCUGGAACAACCAGCACCGCCCUGAGGUCGUAGAGGCUGCCCUGGACGAAUGCCUUGCCGAACUUGGUCUUGACUAUCUUGACCUGUACCUCAUCCACUGGCCUGUGGCCUUCGAGAAGGGCGACAAGCUGUUCCCUACGGCGGAAUCGAGCAACGGUGUCGUCAUUGACAAUGAUGUCUCUCUCGUUGACACUUGGAAGGCCCUUCUCAAGCUCCCUAAGAGCAAGGUCCGCUCCGUCGGUGUUUCUAACUUCACCAUCGAAUACCUCGAGGGCAUCAUCAAGGCCACGGGCGUUGUCCCCGCGGUCAACCAGAUCGAGCGCCACCCUCGUCUGCAGCAGCCCGAGCUGAUUGCAUACGCCAAGGAGAAGGGAAUUCACAUCACCGCUUACUCUGCGUUUGGUAACAACAAUGUCGGCGAGCCCCUCCUCAUCAACACGCCUGAGGCGAAGAAGAUCGCCGAGCAGGUUGCCAAGAGGACUGGGAAGACCGUGACUGGUGCCAACGUCAUUCUCGCAUGGUCUCAGGUCGGUGGCCACAGCGUCAUCCCCAAGUCGGUCACUCCAUCGCGUAUCGCCCAGAACUUCCAGGAGGUCGAACUGACUCCUGAGGAGAUCGCCGAGGUCGAUGCAUUGGGCAAGAACAGGAGGCGUUUCAACCGCCCCUACAACCUCUACACGCCGAACUGGGAUAUCAACGUCUUCGGCGAGCCUGAAGAGCAGGGCGCUAAGUACAAGGUCAAUGUGGGUGCAUAA